AUGUCAUCUUAAAGUAACAGAAUACCAACAGUAUUUGUCUCUCAUGGCUUAGUAGGAUAUACUUUGAGCCCUAAUUCCACUGUUUAUAAAAGUAUGCAAGCGUUUUCAUAAAAUAAUAAUAUCUAGAAAAGGGUAAAGACUGUAAUUAUUGUAUCUGCUCAUUGGGAGGAAUAAUCUCUCACAAUAAAUUUUAAUCCAAAACCAAAAAUUGAACAUGAUCAUCCAAGCAAAUGGCUUUAUAAGUACAAUUUUAAUAUGGAUACAAAUAUUGAGUUAGCCAAAAAGAUUUAUCAAAGUAUGAUCUAAAACAAAAUACCUACAAAAAUGACAGAUUAAGGAAAUAUAGAUCAUGGAGCAUGGGGUGCAUUAUAUACAUUAUAUAGCCUUGAUGAAUAAUAAAAAGCAUUUAAUUCUAAUUCAAAAUACGCUCCAUAAAUAGUUUAAGUUAGUCUCCACUCAGGAAUGGAUUCAUCUUUACAUUUCUAAAUUGGAAAAAUACUAGAAUAAUAUAGAGAUGAAGAAACUAUGAUAGUUUGCAGUGGUUCUACUACUCAUUCUUUUACAUAUAUGAGUCAUCCUAAUUAUCCUUCAUGGUCAAGAGAAUGGGAAUAAAUACUGCUUAAUGUUCUUACAAACAAAGAUGAAAAGAAAAGAGUGGAAGAUCUCCUUAAAUUAAAAUAACUUAAAAUAUACAACUAUGUAUAAAGCAGUGACGAUCAUUUUAUACCAAUACUAGUUGCUGCAGGCACUUCUCCUUAUCCAGCACAAUAUAUCAAUUUAGAAAAAAAUUUUGAGUCAAUGUGCUCCUGCUAUUCAUUCUAAUGA